AUGGAGACCUUGGCGAAGCACGUGAUCGGUUGCAAGGAUCACUGGAUCUUGAACCACUUCGUGCUGGAGGCCAAAGACCCAGGCGAGAGCAAGUCGGAGGUCCGAUUCCUCUACACAUGCUGCCAAGUGGCUCCGCACGAACCCAUCUCGGUGGUGGGGCAUCGCGACCCGAUUCCUGAGUCCUUUGGUGAUUUCGAGGGCGUCUACUACCCGAGGGGCCGCGAGGAAGGCCGGCUCUACUAUGAGCCGAGGUACCACUUUGAUCGGACUCCGGUGGGCAUGGUGCGGAACUUCAGCUAUGAGCGUCACAAGGGUGAGUGGUGCCUCUUCUAUGAGGGCUCCAACAAGACCUGCAUCGACCAAGAUCCGGCCCAUGCUCUACAGCUCAGCCCUGGCGGUGAGGACCCCCUGGAGCUGGCCAGCGUGGGCCCUAUCAAAAGCAAGCAG